CGCGGGCGCGGGCGCUGCUGUUGGCGGGGGGGGGGUCCCAACGUGGCGGCCUUGGGGGUCCUCGAGGACGCCCCGUUCGUCAUCGCCUUCGACCCCUCCCCCAACGGGGACCCCCCCAAAAACGGGGAUCCCCCCAAAAAUGGGGAACCCCCCCCCCGAGGAGCGAGACCCCCCCCGGGAUGGGGACCUGGACAACGAGGCCAAGGCGCUGCUGCUGGGACCCCCCCACAACCGGUGGUUUGACAAGUCGCUGACGUUGGUCGUGUUCCCCUCGGGGCGCGUCGGGCUCAACGUGGAGCACUCGUGGGGAGACCCCCCCGUGGCCUGGCACCUCUGGGAGUUCGCGCUGGCCCUGGACCGGUCCCUGGGCUACGACGAGAGUGGGAAUUGUCCCGGGGACGGGCAGGGCAGGGACCCCGAGCCCCCCAUGGAGCUGCACUGGGAGCUGCCCCCGCAGGUUUCGGGGGUGCUGCCCCAGGCCCGGGAGCAGUUCCAGGCCAUGGCUGAGGGGCUCCAGCUCCACGUGGUGUCGGUCGAGGAACCCCUGGGACCCUCCGGGACCCCCGAGAGCCCCCAGGAGCUGCUGCCGCUGGCGCUGGAGCUGGCGCUGGUCAGGGAGCGCGGCCCCGCCCUGACGUACGAGCCGAUCCCGACGCGCCUUUUCCUCGAGGGCCGCGCCGACGGCGCCCGCGGCGUGGGGCGACCCCUGCUCGAGCUGGAACGCGCCCUCAGGGACCCCCAAACCCCCCGCGGCCGCCUGGGGGCGCUGCUGGAGGCGGCGCUGGCGCAGGCGCGGGGGCGGCGCCGGGCGGCCAUGACGGGGGCGGGGCUGGAGCGGCACCUGCAGGCGCUGGCGGCCGUGGCCAAUCAGAUGCGGCUCCGCCCACCCUUCCUCACUGAGGCUCAUUUGCAUGUCCCCGCCCCCCAGGUGCUGGGGCAGCCCUGGGCUCUGGCCUUUAGCCCCGCCCCCCGGCCACACCCACCGCUGCUGCCCCGCCCCCUGCGGCCCGCGGGGAUGGGCUUCAACCCGCCCCACCAGGACGGUUACGGGGUUUCCUUCACGGGGGGAGGGGACGGCGGCCCCGUCCUCGUCCACAUCUCCUGCAGGGAGGGGUCCCCCAAAACGGACCCCCGGCUGUUCCCACAACGUUUUCGGGCCGCUCUGGCGGAGCUGCGGCAGCUGCGGGGGGGGGAGGGGCCGCCCCUCCCCCCCCAAUAAACGGCUGGAACCCAA